UGUUUGUUUCCCCGACAUACUAAACAGAGUCCAAUAAUGUAUCUAGAGGAACCUCUGUAAGAACGUUGACUAUGAGCUGCUAGCAUACGGGCCACAGCAUGGACCUGUGCAAAGUAGCUUUUCUCCUGGGAGCCCUGAUCUGCACUGUAAGUGGUGAGGAGGUAGAGGGAUACGCCAAAACUGCAGGAGCAUGGAUCCUCGCACUGCAAAAAAGACAGUACUCAGUAAACACUGUGGCUGCAUGCGCCGCAAAAUGUGACGCUGAAACAACCUUCACAUGCAGAUCUUUCAUGUAUAUUGAAAAGGAUCAAGAGUGUUGGACAGCAGCAGCUAACUCUAAAGUAGAGUCAGUCCUUCGUAGAACGAGUGCAGCUCUUUAUGAAAAAAGUGGUUACCUCCUGGAGUGCGUAAAUGGAUUAGGAACAGAUUACAGAGGAACAAAGGCCAAAACAAAAUCUGGAAAGGCAUGUCAGAGAUGGGAAGCUAAUGAUCCACAUAGACCAAACAUCACCCCAUUAACGCAUCCUCGGGCAGACCUGGAGUCUAACUUCUGCAGAAACCCUGAUGGGGAUGGGGGAGGACCCUGGUGUUACACCACAGAUCCCAAUAAACGCUGGGAACACUGCAAUGUACAAAGCUGCACUGAGGACUGCAUAGAGUGCAGUGGUGAAAACUACAGAGGAAAAGUCUCCACCACAGAGAACGGUUUCACCUGCCAACACUGGAACUCCCAGAGCCCUCACAACCAUGGCUAUAACCCGAGCGCUCUUCCAGAGAAGUAUCUCGAGGAGAACUACUGCAGGAACCCAGAUGGGGAUCCCCGGCCCUGGUGCUUCACCACCAGCCCAUCCAAGAGAUGGGACUUCUGCUCUAUACCCCGUUGCACAACUGAACCUCCCACCAUCGUCCCAGAGCUGACAUGUGCAACAGGUGAAGGUAGUCAAUACCGAGGCACAAUGGCUGUGACAGAGUCUGGAAAAACGUGCCAGAGUUGGUCCGCUCAGACGCCUCACAAACACAACCGCACACCAGACAACUACCCCUGCAAAGCCCUUGAUAACAACUACUGCCGUAAUCCAGACAAUGAGAGAAAGCCCUGGUGUUACACCACUGACUCCGAGACUCGCUGGGAGUACUGUAAUGUUCCGAGCUGUGGAGCUGAACCAGAUGAUGCUGUUAUUCCACCAGAGGAAGAAGACUGCUAUGAGGGGAAUGGCUCCUCUUAUCGUGGCAUAACAUCAGAGACCAUGAGUGGAAAAAAAUGUCAAGCCUGGAACUCCAUGACACCUCACAGGCACAGUAAAACCCCACAGAACUUCCCCACUGCUGACCUCAGGAGGAAUCUGUGCAGAAACCCUGAUGGUGACAAGGCCCCCUGGUGUUAUACCACAAACCCUAGAACCCGCUGGGAGUACUGCAGCUUGGAGAAAUGCACCACCAGUCCUUCUGGAGGAGGAACCAAUCCGCCAGCUCCCGGACCUCAGGCCCCCAUCAGUCCCACCCAAGGCCCAGCAGCAAGAGAUUGUAAGAUUGGAAAUGGGAUGACAUACCGGGGUCCAAUGUCUACCACUAUCACUGGUGUGACCUGCCAGGCUUGGAGCUCUCAGAGCCCUCAUCAACACAACAGCUUCACUCCACAGACUCACCCAGACAAGGGCCUAAAUGGAAAUAGCUGCAGAAACCCUGAUAAUGAUGUAAACGGACCAUGGUGCUACACAACCGACAGAAACAAGAAAUGGGACUACUGUCAGAUCCCUGACUGUGCUGGUAUGAAGUGCGGCUCUCCAGUCACCAAACCAAAGCGCUGUUUCGGUCGUAUCGUUGGAGGUUGUGUCUCUAAAGCUCACUCAUGGCCCUGGCAAAUUAGCCUCCGCACCAAUACCGGAAUUCAUUUCUGUGGAGGAACUCUGAUCCACCCUCAGUGGGUCCUGACUGCUGCACACUGCCUCGAGAGGUCAAGAAGGCCCAGCGCUUAUAAGGUAUUCCUGGGUACCCACACAGAAAGAGCCAAUGAGGGGUCAAAACAAGAGAAGAAUCUGGAGAAACUUGUGCUGGAACCUAACGGAGCUGACAUCGCUCUUCUGAAACUACAGAGCCCUGCUCUUAUAAAUGACAAAGUCCAGCCUGCUUGUCUGCCAGAGAGGGACUACACUGUCCCCAGUGGAACUGAGUGUUAUGUGACAGGAUGGGGCGAAACUCAAGGUACUGGAGGUGAGGGUGUCCUGAAGGAAGCUGGUUUCCCCGUGAUCGAGAACAAGAUCUGUAAUCGUCCGUCCUACCUGAACGGCAGAGUCAGAGCCCAUGAGAUGUGUGCAGGAAACAUCGAGGGAGGAACAGACAGUUGCCAGGGUGACAGCGGCGGUCCUCUGGUGUGCUCUGCCCAGAACAGAUACAUCCUGCAGGGUGUCACAUCAUGGGGUCUGGGAUGCGCCAAUGCCAUGAAACCCGGCGUCUAUGCUCGAGUCUCAAAGUUUGUGGACUGGAUCGAAAAUACCAUCAGAGCUAAUUAACAAAUAUCCACCUUGAACAGGCUCUAAAGUUACAUGUUCAAUGUCCUUUCUGAAUACACUGAAACGUCUGUCUCUCUAUAGCCUGGUACCAACCAGAGUUGUGUUUCCUGGAAACAUCAUCCUGACAUUGGGGUGUAAACGUUUUUUCUGUAAGAGUGGAAGAAUAAAACUGAGUUCAAAGGAAA